UUGUGUUCGCUGCAGAAUCAUUUUAUUUUUAUGAAUGGAAUAAUAGCUGCAGCGUGAGCCGAAUUAGCGGAAGACUCAUCAUCCCUUUUCCAGUUUUUUUUAUCCUGAUAUUACAUCUACGUCCAAUAUUUAUAGACAGGGUUUCUUAUUUUUGCGGAAGCAUGAUUUUCUCAGUGGUUAUACUGAUUCUCCAUCCCGUUUCUGUUUUGUUGUGCGAACGUUUUUAUGUUUUUGCUUAAUAGCGUAAACAUUCAUUUAGUUACGAUGUCGAACUAUUUAUUUUUAAUUGAUACGCUCUUCAAAUGGAUACAAUGACUAAGAUGCCUCCGAAUCUCUGAAGAACAAGGAGCAGAGAGGGAUCUACUUCCUCAUUGAGGGAAGAUUUACUUACAAAAACGCCUACAGUUGAUGGAUAGAGAUAUGGACUACGAAAGGCCAAACGUAGAAACAAUCAAAUGUGUGGUUGUGGGUGACAAUGCAGUUGGAAAGACCAGGCUUAUCUGUGCGAGAGCAUGUAAUGCCACCUUGACUCAAUACCAGCUACUGGCGACACAUGUACCAACAGUCUGGGCUAUUGACCAGUACCGGGUCUGCCAAGAGGUCCUGGAACGUUCCCGUGAUGUAGUUGAUGAUGUCAGUGUAUCAUUGCGACUCUGGGAUACAUUUGGUGACCAUCACAAGGACAGACGGUUUGCCUAUGGCAGGUCUGAUGUGGUUGUGCUUUGUUUUUCAAUUGCUAAUCCCAACUCGCUGCACCACGUCAAAACCAUGUGGUACCAGGAAAUAAAACACUUCUGCCCACGAGCACCUGUUAUCUUGGUUGGCUGCCAGCUGGACUUGCGGUACACGGACUUGGAAGCAGUUAAUCGCGCACGGAGACCUCUUGCAAGGCCAAUAAAACACAAUGAGAUCUUGCCUCCUGAAAAGGGUCGAGAGGUUGCCAAAGAACUCGGAAUCCCCUACUAUGAAACCAGUGUGGUUGCCCAGUUUGGCAUUAAGGAUGUGUUUGAUAAUGCCAUCAGAGCUGCCUUGAUUUCCAGGCGACAUCUCCAGUUCUGGAAGUCCCACCUAAGAAAUGUUCAAAGGCCUUUACUGCAGGCACCGUUCCUGCCUCCCAAGCCACCUCCCCCCAUCAUCACUGUCCCUGACCCGCCCACAACCAAUGAAGAACAUCCUGCCCUGCUGUUGGCUAAUCCCCUUUGUGCAGAUGUCAUCUUAGUGCUUCAGGACAAAGUUAAAAUCUAUGCUCACAAGAUUUACUUGUCUACCUCCUCCUCAAAGUUCUAUGACUUGUUUUUAAUGGAUCUCAGUGAAGAACAGGAGCCCAUCAGUGAAAGAUCAGUGAGUCACAGUGACAGGCAGGGCAGGGAAUAUCUCAUGAGAGCUGCCAGUUUUGACGUGAGUGAAAGCACAGAUGAAGUUACUGCCGUCCAGCCAUUGUCAAACCUAAGGGCUUCCACAAGUGACAGCAUCUUGAAACUUAAUGCUUACGAUAACAGCUCAAGAGCGAAGGCUUGGCUCAGAAGGGGGAAGAUUCUCUCAUCAUGGAGCAGAGCUUUCAUUAGCAUCCAAGAAGAGGUGGCGGAAGAUCCCAUCAAUUUUAACAAUCGGCUGAUGACUGUUGUCAGGAUGGACUACUCUGUUCACCCUGACGCGUUCAGGGCAGUGAUGCGCUACUUGUACACGGGUCAGCUGGAUGAGAACGAAAAGGAGCUGAUGCAGAUUGCCCACAUUGCUGAGCUUCUAGAGGUGUUUGACUUGCGCAUGAUGGUGGCCAAUAUCUUGAACAAUGAGGCCUUCAUGAACCAAGAGAUUACCAAAGCAUUCCAUGUAAGGAGAGCCAAUCGAGUGAAAGAAUGCCUUGCCAAAGGGACUUUCUCAGAUGUGGUAUUUAAGAUGGAUGAUGGAACAAUCUGUGCCCAUAAGCCCUUGCUGAUCUCCAGCUGCGACUGGAUGGCAGCAAUGUUUGGAGGCCCGUUUGUGGAGAGUUCAACCAAAGAGGUGUACUUCCCAAAUACAAGCAAGAGCUGUAUGCGAGCGGUGUUGGAAUAUCUGUACACUGGACAGUUCUGUUCUAGCCCGGACCUGGAUUCCAUGGAGCUCAUUGUAUUGGCAAACCGCCUCUGUCUACCUCACCUGGUAGCAUUAACAGAGCAGUACACUGUAUAUGGGUUGAUUGAAGCAACACAGAUGGGUGUGGACAUAGAUGGAGAUGUUUUACUGUUCUUGGAAAUUGCUCAGUUCCACUGUGCCCAUCAACUGUCUGAAUGGUGCCUGCACCACAUCUGUACAAACUACAACAACGUCUGUCGCAAGUUUCCCAGGGAAAUGAAGGCAAAAUCUCCCGAGAACCAGGACUACUUCGAAAAGCACCGUUGGCCUCCUGUCUGGUAUCUCAAAGAAGACGAUCAUUACCAACGAGCAAGGAGAGAGCGCGAUAAGGAGGACUACUUGUGCCAGAAGCGUCAGUUAAAGCGCAAGUGGUUUUUCUGGAAUACAAGCUCGCCAUCUGCAGCCUCAUCCUCCUCCACUGUCAUUUGAAGACAUGGCAUGGAUCAAGGGACCCCUGUUUUAACCUAACAGCUAAUCCAGCAUCCAACAGUUUGAAGGCCUUCUUCCAAGUCAGCCGAAUGCUUACCAGGUUUUAACAACCAGCAACCAGACCGCUGCAGUCUGGAUAGAUCAUGGCAAUCAAAGUGAGUUUUUUUAAUUCCCUGAUGGUCAGUGCUAACUUCUCAUUCUCUGUCUCUCACGUCCAAACAUGCACACAUAUACAAAGACGCAAUAGACCCAAGUAGUGACUGAGCAGGUUUGGUGGUGCAGACCUUUUCUGUUACAUCAAUCAGAUCAGACUGUGGAGAAUAGGAGAAUACAUUAGACCCUGGAGCAGUAACUGGUGACUGUUAUUAAACCUUGUUGCUGGCAUGGGUGUGGUUGUUUAGCACAACGGUUCAGUUCUAGAAAGCAUGAUACUCUUCCUUGCAUGGAUAUUGCUCUAACUGAGCCAGAUUGAUUACAAAUUGAUAUAUAUUCCAGGAAUCAUAUUUGGGUACAAAUUGGAUGCUCUGCUAAGUUCAUAUUCACACCUAAUACCUUCUCUUAAAUCAGGGCUUCAUUUCAGAGAAACUGAGGAAUAAGAUUCUGCGCUUAAUUCUUUUUUUUGAACAGUUGAUUAGGAAAGUAAUCCCUGAAUUUGUUAUUUCCUCAUUUGCACACUGAUCUUAUGUAGAAGACACACACAUUUUGUAUUCAAAGAUAUAAAAAAUAUAAACUGAAUUUAUUAGCAAAUAGAUCUGAAUCAGGAACAGUGCUGUUCAUUUUGUACUGUACUUACAAGUCGCAGGGUUGAGAAGCAGUGCAUGAGAAAGUGGAAUUAACAAGCCACCUUGUGUCUCCCUCUAGUUACAACAUGAGGUGUUGUGGGACUGCUACAAAACAUGUAGAAUAAUUUUUCCUCACAACCCUCUGGUGAGUUACAAUUAUAUUGGGGGAAAAUGUUUUUUCUUUGCUUGUGAUAAUUUUCAAGUUGUGAUAUUUUAAAUUUUUAAAAAAUCACAGUUUUUCUACCACCAUCUUUUGACUAAACUGCACUAAAUCAACAGGACAACCUGAGGAAGUCUGAUCCAGGAUCAUAUUAGCAACAAAGAAGUGUGUAGCUGGAUUAAGUUUGUGUAACUACUGUGCAGUGACAUGCAUUCAGUGUUGCUUCAUGAACGUUGGCUUGUUCCAAGGACAUUCUCCUUUUGUAAAGUCAAUGAGGACCUGGAAAGGGAUCUGGAAAAAAAGAUGAUAAUCUUUUGACUAUUCCUUUAGGUUUAGGUUCUGACAGGACAGGUCAUGCAAUCUGUAAUUUCAGUGAUUAAACAGAAGAUCAGGUAUUGAUAUUUUGGAUUUUCCAAAAAAGCUUCAAUGACUUUGCAACAUUGCACCCAUGUACCAUUUAAAUGGCCUCUGGCCACUCCAGGGACCAUGUGCUUGCACUGCACAUUAUCCUUGGUGCAGCACCUUGAUUAUCCAAGAUAUUAUGCACCAAAAGCAGAGUGUGUUUAAUGGUUCGAAAUAAGGCAAAUGUAACAAGCAGUUUGCCAUUCAGCAACAAGGUGUGUCCGCUUGCCUGAGGAGGAUCCCCAAAAAAGGCCGCUGGAUAUCAAUUCUGUGUGACAAUAGUCGAAGCAAGUUAAAGUGUCUGUUACAUUUUGUGAAAUACUUCUGAGUAUCUGAACUCAGUGUAGCCAAGCUCUGAGUCUCCAACCAACCCAAUGCUGAGUUGUAAUUUUACUGACAGAGCUCCCUUUGAGUGGUGAAAAUUUCUGCAUCAUGAGGCUCGUUUCCCUAUAAUUUCAUAUUUGUUGUAAGGAUCUAAAUCUCUGUAGACAUUUGAAAGGAUCAAAUGUUUACAUUAUUUUAUUGCUUGUUGAGAAUUCAAUAAGAAAUUGCUGUAAGGAAAUAGGAUUUUGUUUAGGCCAGUUCAAGGGUAAGAGAAAUGUGAAGAUAUUUUAAAUGUUGUUAUUGAUAGGUUUUCUCUUUUGACUGUGGAACUUGUUGUAUAAAUAAACUGGAAUCAUUGCAUAAAUGUGGUUAGAACUCUUCUCUCUCCCUUGUAAACCAUGUUGUGGAAUGUGCCAAAUUGUGGUUGAAAGUUGUUUGUUGUUAAGGUAAGGCAUUGGUCCAUCAAACUAUAAAGUUUCAAUGAAAAUUCAUCAACUGAAACAUUAACAAUUUUAUUAUUAGAAUUCUGAUUGAAUUGGGAACUUAACAAACAGUAAACAUAUACUCAGUGGCUGCUUUGUUAGGUCCAGGAGUGGAAUCCAGUAUGGUCCUCUGCUGUAGCCCAUUCACUUCAAGGCUUGAUAUGUUGUGCAUUCAGAAAUGCCCUUCUACCCCCACUGUUGUAACAUGUGGUUAUUUAAAUUACUACCGCCUUUCUGACAGUUUCAACCAGUCUGGCCAUUCUCCUUUGACCUUUCUCAUGAACAAGGCAUUUUCGCCCACAGAACUGCCACUCACUGGAGGUUUUUUAAAAAAUAUUUUUCACACCAUUCUCUGGAGAUCAGCAGUUUCUGAAAUACUCAAACUACCCCAUCUGGCACCAACAAUCAUUCCACGGUCAAAGUUACUUAGAUCACUUUUCUUCCCCAUUCUGAUGAUUGAUCUGAACAACAACUGAACCUCUUGACCAUGUCUGCACGCCUUUAUGCAUUGAGUUGCUGCCACAAGAAUGGCUGCUUAGAUAUUUUCAUGAAUGAGCAGGUGUACCUACAAAAAAAGUGGCCCUGAAUGUAUAAUAUCAGUUAGAAGCUCUGUAUUGAAAUUUCUUUCCAGGUUUAGGGUUUGAUAUUCUAUUGCACAAACCAAUCAAUAAGAUCCAAACAGGAAUAAAAACUGAAGGUAUGUGAUGGAGAUCUGUCACUGGUGAAAUAGUUUGGUCAAAUAGUUUGCCUAUUUAACAUCCCUGUAGAACAAUGUUUUAUUCACUGAGACACCUGAAUAGUUAAUGAAACAAAGACAAGAAAAAUGUGUGAACAAAUAUUACCUGAGGAUACAAAAGGCAGGUGGAGACCGCUUAAUCAGUAAUAGUAUUAGUUCAGUAACCAGGGACUCCAGACUUUCUGAAAGAACCAGAGUGGAAAUAGUGAGAAUUUUUUCCUGUGUGAACUGUGAUUAAAGUUCAUUAACUGACAGGCGCUUGACUUAAUUGUAACCUUGCAAUGGGUGAAUGGUAAGAACAAGAGAUGUUAGCAAUGCAAAGUGAUGAGUCAAAGUAAGAGAGAUGAGGGUGCAGUUUCAGAAGAUACGGCUUCCUUCUGUGCUGUCAAAAUCUACAAGGCAGGUCACUUCAUUGAAUGGAAGGGAAGGUGGGGAAUGAAGGAGAAAUCUACAUGGUGCUCUUGGAGUGAGACAGCUGAUGGCAGUAAAAGCUUGUCGACGUUGCUUUGAUUUGGAGGAGUGUUAAAACUGGUGAGAGACUUGGAAAGCUGAGCCUGCAGAGAAAAAGACACCAGACCAGCUGAAAUCAAUCGGCUCCAAAAUGAAACUAGGUGGAAAGAUGACAGAAAUGCAAAGAUUGAUAUUAGAGGACAAGGUGAAUUGCUGGUUUCAGACAAUAUUCGUUAAUGACGAGGGACGUUGCAGAAGUUGUUAAUUGUGCUGCAUAACUGUACCUAGGCAAACUUGAUGUCUUUCUGAUCCAUGAGAUCGUUGUUGCCAAUGCUGUGGGGCGUGGUAUUGAAAUAUAUUGAUAUUGUGCAUGUCUUAUGAAGAGUGGUUUGCUUUUAGCAGGUAGUUACGGUCCUGUCUGAUUCUUCAAACCUUUGCUUAACUCCUUUGAUUCAUAAAUUUGACUUGCAGUCAGAUGUAUCGGCAAGGCACAAAACCAAUUGCUGAGCACAUCUAUGAUUGAAUUUUCAAAAUACCUUGCAUGAAAUAAAAUCUUUUCAACUUGUAAUUGCUGCUGCUAAACAAUUGAGUUUUGAAUUAUUUUAAUUUAACGGAUGAAAUAUCACAAUUUUUAAAAUAUUAAUAGGAGCUUUAUGUUCUCCCCGUGACUGUGUGGGUUUCCUCCGGGUGUUCCGGUUUCCUCCCACAGCACAAAUAUGAAUGCUGCUUACUGCAGGUGACUGCAUUGUAGGUGCAGUUAAAAUGGGGACAAUCUUAUUCAAACACACGCAUUGAGAAAUUGACUGAAUCAGGUACAUCACUAGUUUUGCAUCAGUUUCAAUUUGGUGCUCCGCUGAAGUCACUGUGGAAAUAUAGAUCUCAUAGUUCUCCACCCUAUGAGUUAGGUUCAAUGUCACCCCGCAGAGAUUUGCAUUCUUUGUUCCUGAAACGACUGGAACCGUUACUUUUCCAUUUGUUAUGAUAUGCACAACAAUAGUGCACUUUAAAGGGUUGUCACAUUCUUCAUAAUGACACUGGGCACUGUCAAAAUCAAAGUCAAUUUUAUUGGCCUGUGCACAAGUGCGCUGAAAGCAGCAUCACAGGCUCAUAACAUCGUAUCAGCAGCAUUCACAAGUAAGACAUAAAUUGUAUGCUUUGUACAAGAAAGAACAUAAUUGGAGCAAAAAAAAACAAGGUAUAUUUUAGUGCAAAGUUUUCAAAAUGUUGCUUAACUGUAGUGACUGGAGUUGUGACUAGAGUGACAAGAACCAAAUGGUUGAAGUAGCUGUUCAUGAACCUAGUGGUGUGGGACUUCUGUAUGGUAGGAGAUACUAGAGUCUGUGUUUUAACAUAUAUUACAUGAGCCAAUUAUUGUAGGACAAAAACAUGAUCAUGUUUGAUAUAUCACACCUGCUAGGAACAGGAGAAUGGGAGAGGAACAUUCAGAUCCUCAGAGGUUGGAUAGAUCUUGGCUGAUCUGUAUCUCAGCUUCAUCUACAUGCUUUGGUGACAUAAACUUUAAUAGCCUUCCCUAUCAAACAUCUAAUAAGUACAGCCUCAAAUGGCUUAUUGGUUCUGGAAAGUUAAAUAUUUCCAUUACUCUUUGUGAAGAACGGCUUCCUGACAUCACCAUUUCUGGGAAUGUAUUACCGCCAUCACUCAAAUAACCACUUCUCUUCUAGUGUCCUAUGCACUCUGAGCUUUGAUUCAGUUCACCUCUCUACCUGUAAUGGAAAAACCAGGCCAUCCACAUUUCACAAUAAUGCAGAUUGCAAAGUAACACACUGUGUACAGCUUUGAAUGUAGCUGUCGCAGAGCAAGUUGUGUGUACAUAAUAUAAAACAUCAGAAACCUCUUCAUUAUAAAUAUUACACACAAUAACAUCAUUGUUAGCCAUCACUCUGGGUGGUGGGAUUGUUGAAAAGCGCUUUUAACAAAGGAUGUAACCUUAUCUGCUGUGAUACUAUUAAAGGGCUUCAUUGUAUUUUUUUAGAAAUGUGAAAAUGUCCACAAAAUGUUUUUGUUUGUUUGCAAAAAUUCUCCUAUUUGGUAGUUUAAAAAUGUAACCCUAGUUACUGAGAAUAAAACCAGCACAUAACCUUAAUUCUGAGCACACUCUUUGGAAAGGGUCAGUAAAACUUAACUGUUAAGUUGAAUCAAGUAUGUUUGAAACAACAGUUAGUGACAGUGAGAAUAGCCCAUCAUCUGUAGAAAAGGUAGCUGACAAAGUUAUCAGAAACCAGACUUUACAAUCCUGAUGCUUGCAAUUACAAUGAUUAAAGGCCAUUUGGACAGGGACAUGGAUAGGAAAGCUUUGGAGGGAUUUGGGCCCAAAACAGGCAACUGGGAAUAGUUUAGGUAGGCACCUUGGUUGGCAUGGACAAGUUGGGUGGAAGGGCUUGACUUCCUGCUGUAUUGCUUCAUGAUUCCUAUUAUCUUGUCUGAAAGGGACGUCAGAACAAAUUCAGUCAUAUCUUACAAUUGUAUCAACAACUGCAAAGGAAGGAUGAAGAAGGAGACAAAAUAUUUAGCCCAAGAGCCAGUACAGGUUGAGUGAUCCAAUGAAAGGGAAAAUUCUGACACCAAAAGGACUAUUAUGCCCAAAGCUCCCUGCUUGAUGUUGUAAACACCUCUGCAGUAAUGUCUUUCUUCCACUGGGUGUCACGCAUAGAUUUUAGCAACCACUGCAAACUGACAAAAGCUCAUUUUGCCUCUAAGAAGUUGAUCUUCAUGAUACACUUGGAAUCCUUUGGACUCUGUUGGUCUUAAUGGUUUUUUAAAAUUCCUUGCAAUAUUUUGUUCAGUCAUUUUAAAUGCAUCUGGAAAAUACUAUCAAUAACUAAGUUGCCUGAGGAAGUGGUUGAGACGGCUAUAUUAACAUGUUUGAAAGACACAGAGAGGUACAUGGAUAGAAAAGUUUUAGAGGGUCAAGCAUGGCCAAAUGGAGCUAGUUUAGAUGGAUGUCCUGGACCAAAUGGGCUGAAGGGCCUGCACCAUGCUAUCUGUCUCUGUAGGUUUUCAGUGAUGUCCCUUGUGUUUAGUACAAAUAUUUAGAGGCUACACGUGAGUGAGUACAGCAAAGCAGGCAGGACAUAAAAAUGUAGGUUAUAUAAUGUAGCAAAGUGAAAGCUUUCAGCAGUCUGAGAGUUGCAUCAAGGCUCCAAAAUAACAUGUAGUUCAUAUGACUGGAGAGCACUGUUGAAGCACAUUCAGACGUUGUUCCGGAAUGAUACAAACGCUCUAUUCAACUAGCAAGCUGUACUGCCACAUGGUGCUUGGAACUAACAAGAUCUGCCAGUUCUGUGCACAAGGGGUCUGACUGUGUACCUGAUAACUUUGAAAGUGUACACUCUCCAGUUUCCAUCACUUUUGCCCCUCCUCUUGCUCUUAUGUUUCCGCUUCAAUCCCCUGUUCCUCAUCCCCCAUUCACCUUCCCCCUUCUAUCCCACGCUCUCACCAUGCUCCAAUCUCUUCUCUUUUUCUCAGCCUCUUCUUCUGCUCUUUGAUUUUUCUUUCUCUUUGAGAUCCUGUUUUUUUUCCCCACACCAUCCAGUCAAUUUAAGAGAAAGGGUAGGGAUGCUGUUGCUCACGUGCACAAGCUCAACACCUUGUGGGCGGGCUUGGCUCCACUGGGGAGCUCCCCAAACGUGUGUGUAGACACAAAAGAGAGAUUGUAAAUUGUUGGUGAGUGAUGGAGAGGUGGGAGCAACCAUGAAUUAAACAAUGUUGAAGGUGGUGUUGCUACCUGGGAACUGGAAACAGCCGCGUACCCAGGGGUAAAGAGCUUUUUCAGCUAUGUUGACCAGGAUUUCAGGCCCUUGCUACUGGAACCUAGGAACUUCCCUUAAGUUCUCAGGUAUGAAAUCUGACAGCUACAAUCUCAUUCCCCAUUUUUCCCAUCUCACCUAUUCUCUCUCAAAAGUCCGUCAGUUCAGGAAAGGUCUUAUUAGGUGGGAAAGAGUGCAGAAAACGUUUACAAGGAUGUUUCUGGGACCUGAGGGACUGGGUUAUAGGGAGAGCUUGGAUAGACUAGGACCUCAUUCCUUGGGAGGUGGUGUUACAGAGGUGUAUGAAAUCAUGAGGGGUAUAGGUAGAGUGAAUGCACUCAAUCUUUUUCUCAGAGCUGGAGAAUCAAAAACUAGAGGGCGUAGGUUUAAGGUGAGGGGGGAAAAGGUUCAACAAAAACUUGUCGGGCAACUUUUUUUUUUACGCAGUAUGUAUGUGGAAUGACCUGCCAAAUGAAGAGUUUGAGGCAGGUUCAAUGAUAACUUUUAAAAGAGAGUUGGACAUGUACAUGAAUUAGAAAGGCUUAGAAGGUUAUGGGCCAAACACCAGCAAUUGGAAUUGGCUUGGAUGGAACACUUGGGUCAGCAUGGACCAGUUGGGGUGAAGGACUCGUUUCCAUGCUGUGUAACUCUAUGACUCCCCGCACACCUAUAGCAGGGACAAUUUACACAGGAGGCAGUUUACAUGUCAGCACAUCUCUGGAACACCAGCACCCUGGAGGGAACGUGCAAACAGAAAUGGGAAUCAGAAUCAAACGGGGAUCCUAUAGCUCUCCCAGGUACCAUUUCUCCAAAUCUUUCUCUGUCACUGCUGUUGCCUCUUCAUGAGUGUUUCAGACAUUAUGAUUAGUAUAAAUAUAGAAUUUACAGCAUGAAAACAAGGCUAUUUAGCCUUAAGGACCUCCACAUACCCUUUUGAUUUCAUUACCCCACCAGGAGCAAAUCCUCCUUUUUAAGGCCAAUUGUCUUACUAUUGGGAAAGGUUUGGUAGCUCAGUGUGUGUGAGCACGGUUGAUGUAACAAAUGGAAAUAAUAUAUUUGAAUUCAAGUCUCACUUAGGACUGGGACUGGAUUAUUUCUUUGCUCACACUGACAGGCCAAGAAGGUUGCAAUGGUGACCUUGUGCUGAAUGAGAGGGUUACAGCUGGUGCAGCAAUUGUUGGUGUCCCAAUUUGCCUCAGUGCCUCUCGUGAUCCCACCCACACUGCAAAGUGUACGCAUCGUCUGGAGCGGGGGGGGGGGUACUUUUCUUAUGAGGGCAGAACUGAACACAGCAGCGACGGCCUCUGCCGUCUUUACAUUGGGGCUCCCUUCGUGGCUCUGGAAGGCUGAAAUGCCCCUUUAACUAGCACCUGGAGAGCUUCUGGCAACUCCAGCUCCAGCAUGAGCAAGUGCCUUGAGGGAUUACAAAUUAAUGUACAUAACCUGAACUUGCCUCCUGGGACAGAACAUCACUACUGCCGCCAUAAAUUGGUCUCGUGAAAAUGAGACGUCAUGUUCUGUGCAGAUAUUUGGUUUUCCAGAUUAAGGAGUUCACGGGAAUGCUUUCCUGUGAGAUUGAAAAUUGUGGGUUGGGAAGACUUUGGGGAGCUAACUUUAACCUAACUGGCCAAGCAGGAAAUCCCAGGAGGGUCUGGUUUUACAUCCCUGUUGACCUCAGUUGAGAGUGAAUUGGGCAGAGGGAAUUUAUGCAGAUCCCCAGCUUGGUAAAACACCCUGCAGUGCCUCACAGGGAUGUUAACAAACAAGAUUCGACACCCAGCAGCGUUAAGGAGAUGCCAGAACAGGUGGCCAAGGGCUCAGACCAAGAGGAAAGCUUUAAGAAUUCAUUAAGGAGAAUGUGGGAGAGGUUUUAGAAUAGGAAUCCCAGCGCUAAGAGCCUUGAAGACAUGUCCAUCAAUAUUUAAAUGAUUAAUAUCAGAAAUGUGCAAGGGACCGGAGGUAGAAGAGUGCAGCCAGGAUGUAAAACCCCUUCCAGCUUCCCAAUGGGGAGAUUAAACUAUUCUCCCCCCUUGUUUCUGUCAACUGCUUUUCCACUGUCAGGUGUUUAAGUAACUCUGAAGUGCGAGAUGCUCAGUCCACGAGUGGCGCUCAGCCCUGGCUGUGCAAUAUGUCAAAUUGGUACCUUAUUAUUAGAUAUUUUAAUGUAAGAUAAUUGUUAAAUGUAGUAACCAGAUGAAUUAAUGUAUUGUCUUUUCUUAUCCUGAAUUGAUAAUUGCUGUUAGAUAUUUUCAUUGCGAAGAAAUAUUUUUGUACCGGGUUGGUGUUGCUUAUGUAUUGCUGAACGGAGAACUAGGAAGUGACAUUAUGUGGCACGUGUAAUGUUCAUGUAUUAAAAAAAACUUUG